CGCUAAGUUUGAAAUAGAUAACUCUGCCCGCUCUUCCAUUGUUGUCUUGCAUAGCUCGUGUAGAGCAUAACCAUUGUGUUUUUUUCUUAUUACAAUUUAUUCACAAAUUGUUGUAAAUAGACUAAAUCGUUCGAAUUGUUCAUAUAUACCACAAAAGAACAAGUUAUUAACCAAUUUGAUUGUGAUGACUGAUGAGUGGGUGGAUAAUCAUUUAAAGCAGUAGUGUGAUCUCGACUGAUAUUUCCUUCAUUGCUCAAAUCACUAGAUUCCUUCCUCAUAAUUAGCAAUACCAAAUCAUCAUUUUGGAAACCAAAUUCGUUCAUUCCCUUCGAAUCAUAGUAAACACCCGCCAUUAACAUACAAAGAACAGUGUAUAAAAUGAUAAAUCUAAAAAGGAAGCAGGACAAACAGAGAAACAUGCCAAAGGAGGAGUAGAAAACAAAAGAAGCAAAGUUUAUGACUGUCCUGAGGAGACAGCAGUGAGUUGAGGUACUUGAGGGGGAUGGCUUGCCAAAAUCUAGCAAGGAAAGCAAAACCCAGGAAAUGAAAAAGAAAAAGGAAAAGAAAAGCAAAUCAAAAGCAGAUGUCGAUCCCCGGAUCCGGGUUCGGGCUAGCGAGUCGGGCCAAGCUCAACCCGGGAAGACUUCCAAGCUUCCAGUUCCAGUACUAGUUUCCAAAGUUCCCACUGUGAGAGAGAGCUUAUUAAAAAGCCUGAAGUCAUUACUCACUAGGCAUUAAUCACCUUUUGGCUCUUUCUCUUGGUUUCUCUUCGCACUCUCACUUCUUCCACCGUCGGCUCUCUCUCUCUCUCCAUCUAUCUCUCGCUCUGUUGCUUAGUCUUUCCUUUCGUCUUCAGCUUCCUUACUCAGAUCCAGGUUUGCCUCUUUAGUAACUUUUGUCUUCUUUUUGCCGACUUCAAUGUUCUUUGUUCUUAUUCUGUUUUCCAGUCUGUUUUAGUACUCCUAAUGUUCCGUGUUCUUUCCCCCAAUUGAGAUGGUGGUAAAGGUUAGUACUUUGAUAGGGAAAUGAGCUAAAGUGUCAAGCUGGGUGGACUUGUUGCUGUUGGGUUCUUCAGUAAAUAACUAGUAAGUCAAAAUUAAUGGAGUUUCUGGAUAGUUGGAGUAAGGGAUAGAUUGCAAUGCUCAUAAAGCCUUCAUCUUUAGUGUUCUUUUCUCUCUAAACAUUCCCUGCCUUUUCUUCCAUUUUCUUCGCUACCAAGCAGAGCAUAAAGAGUGUUGUUUGAGUGGGAGAAGGAUGUUGCUUUCCCAUUGAAAUGGAUGACAGAAUGGGGUUGGGUUUCACUGUUCAUAUCUCUGGUAAAUGAUUCUUUAUUCAUUACCAAAGUGAGGGGACAUUUUUGGGUUUCUAGCUCUUGUUUGAUUGAAUAUGGGGUUCUGUGUUUCUGCCUUUAUCCAUUUAGUUCAGUUCUUGUGACACAUUUCCUUUUUCCAAACCCUGAAGGCUCAUUAUUCCUUGACCAUGGUUUGAUCCCGUGCAUUUCUUGGCAGCAAGGGGAAGCAGUUUAAGGCUCUAGCCGCUUUGAAUUGUAGACUGCUGUUCUGCCCUAUUGAAAACCUUGAUUAGGAAGUUCAUAAGGAUGGAAGAGAUACAGUCUCAAUCAGAAAACUACAGGUCUUCUUCAUCCUCGGCAAGCAGUCCAGCUAGUAGGGUACCUUCAAGCAACUUCUUCUAUCUCAGGAAGCCCGGUGCACUUAGGCAACCAAUCUCAUUUGAGGAUUCACCUGAAUGGGAAACUGAUGCUGACGUUAGAAUGGAGGAAGGAGUUGAUCAAGACUCCAUCAAUAUGGCCACCACUCCAGCUUCUCCAUCUCUUUCCAAGCUCAACAGUGGCUCACUGCCAUCUCCACCUAUACCAGAUACUGCUUCUUCUUCAGUGAGAAAGAUUGCAGGUGCUUGUGUCGUGUGGAAAGACUUGACCGUCACAAUCAAGGGGAAAAGGAAGUAUUCAGAUAAGGUCAUCAAGAGCUCAAGUGGGUUGGCAUUGCCAGGGACAAUGACUGUGAUUAUGGGGCCAGCUAGAUCUGGCAAAUCCACUCUCCUAAGAGCCAUUGCAGGAAGAUUGCAUCAUUCGGCCAAAGUGUAUGGUGAAGUGUUCGUGAAUGGCACCAAGUCACCCAUGCCUUAUGGCUCCUAUGGUUUUGUCGAAAGAGAAACUACGCUAAUUGGAGCACUUACUGUGCGAGAGUUUCUUUACUACUCUGCAUUGCUUCAACUUCCUGGCUUUUUCUGCCAGAAGAAGAAUGUGGUCGAGGAUGCCAUCCAUGCUAUGUCGCUGACUGAUUAUGCAAAUAAGUUGAUUGGAGGCCACUGCUUUAUGAAGGGACUGCCGAGGGGUGAGAGAAGGCGUGUGAAUAUUGCUAGAGAACUUGUCAUGAGGCCCCAUGUGUUGUUCAUAGAUGAGCCCCUUUAUCAUUUGGACAGUGUUUCUGCACUUCUGAUGAUGGUUACCUUAAAGAAACUUGCUAGCACUGGAUGCACUCUUAUUUUCACUUUAUACCAAAGCAGCACGGAGGUGUUUGGUCUCUUUGAUCGAAUUUGCCUGCUUUCGAAUGGAAACACAUUAUUCUUUGGGGAAACAUUGGCUUGCUUGCAGCACUUCUCAAAUGCUGGAUUUCCCUGCCCUAUUAUGCAAAGUCCGUCCGAUCACUUCUUGCGUGCCAUUAAUACGGAUUUUGACAGGAUCAUUGCUAUGUGCAAAAACUGGCAGGAUGACCAUGGCGAUUUUUCAUCAGUGAAUAUGGAUACUGCUGUUGCAAUACGCACCCUGGAAGCAACCUAUAAACAAUCGGCAGAUGCUGCUGCUGUUGAAAAUAUGAUCGUGAGACUCACUGAAAGGGAAGGUCCACUGCUCAAAACCAAGGGAAGAGCUGGCUUUGGGACAAGAAUUGCCGUGCUGACUUGGAGAUCUUUGCUCAUUAUGUCAAGAGAAUGGAAUUACUAUUGGCUUCGCCUUAUUCUCUAUAUGGGACUUACAGUCUGUAUCGGUACUGUAUUCUCAGGCUUGGGCCAUUCUCUUUCCUCAGUCGUGACAAGAGUUGCUGCUGUAUUUGUGUUUGUCUCAUUUACUUCACUUCUUAGCAUUGCUGGAGUACCUUCACUUCUGAAAGAAGUCAAGGUAUAUGCAAGUGAAGAAUCGAACAUGCAUUCAGGGGCGCUAGUCUUUUUACUUGGCCAGUUCCUCUCCAGCAUACCCUUCCUAUUCCUAGUCUCCAUCUCAUCAAGCCUAGUAUUCUACUUCCUAAUCGGGUUACGAGAUGAGUUCAGCUUGUUAAUGUACUUCGUCCUCAACUUCUUCAUGUGCCUCUUAGUGAAUGAAGGACUGAUGCUUCUCGUUGUUUCCCUCUGGCAACAUCUCUUCUGGAGUGUCCUCACAUUGGUGUCCAUUCACGUGGUGAUGAUGCUCUCAGCAGGAUACUUCAGAAUCCGAAACGCCUUGCCUGGCCCGUUCUGGACAUAUCCCGUGUCAUACCUCGCUUUCCAUACGUACUCCAUUCAGGGACUUUUGGAGAACGAGUACCUGGUGACUACGUUCGCUGUAGGCCAGGUGAGAAGCAUUUCGGGGUACCAAGCUAUCAGAAGCGCAUACGACAUCUCUCUCGACAACAACGCCAAAUGGGAGAACUUGUUGGUUUUGCUCAUCAUGGUGAUCGUGUACCGGGUUUUAGUGUUCCUCGUGCUCCAUUUGCGCGUGGGUAAAAAUGCUUCGGUACUAAAGUUUUGCAGGUUUGAGCAUGGUGAUAAGAGCAGCAGUUCCAGAUGAAAAGGAGGAACUGAUCUCUGUUGUUAAAUGUUGGCAAUUUUUGUUGCUUUAAAUGAAAGUAAAAACAUAAAUUUAUUUCUUCCCCUGCCUUGUGUCUUUGGUGCUUGCUUCUCUUAGUAUGCUCAUUACGUGCGGUGGAAGGUUCAGUGCAAUUAACGUAGUUAUUCAACCUAAUUACACAAAGAAAUUAGGCGGCUGACCAGAUUGUACCUAAUUCCUCAUGUAGAUAGUGCUUUUCUCACGUGAUGACAUGUACCCUGAGAGUACUAGCUACAAGUAAUUUUUGUCACCAUCACAGCUUGACGUGACACUAAAUGGAUUGUGCUAUUUACAUCAUAAUUGAUACCUGAAACGAACAAUGACAUGUGAAACAAACAACGAGAUCGUUUGGAUGGAACAUUCUCAAAAUGAGAUAAUUUGGGACAAAAGUCUCAUUUUAGAAAAUGAGCUAGGGGGUCGUUUGGAUGAGGAAUUCUAAUGGAUCAAUCUGACACAAUUGUCUCGUUUUGAGUCAAUUGUGCUAGAUUGAUCCGUUUGGCAGCAUAAAAUUUUGAUGAAGCAAUUUGGGCUGGGGAAUUCUGAAUUGACUCAUUUUGAGCCAAUUACAAUUGUCUGGGGUGGGGGCAGGUAAUCUGAAUUGACUCGUUUUAAAUGACUCAUUUUGUAAAAUGAAACAAUUGGUCAAAU